UCUCGGGACACAGACGGCCCUAGUCGCCGCCACGGACAAAAUGCAACACAAUGAGGAUCAUAUAGUCAGUGACGCGGUCGAGGAAGACAGAAAAGAGGCCAUUGGUACGCAUGGCUCUGCUUCAAGUACAGGUGACGAUGUCGAAGCAAACAAGGACAACAAUGUCCAAAGACCACAACCCCUUGAGGAAGAAAAACACGACGUAAAUGGAGGGCUGGGCGACGGCUCGGAGAAAUCGAGUACCAUUGUCCAGGCACAGUCAACGUUAGUGGCCGAUGAACCCCCCGACGGAGGAUAUGAAGCGUGGAUGACAGUGGUCGGAGGCUUCUGUGGCAUGUUCGUUAGUUUUGGCUGGACCAACUGCAUGGGUAUAUUCCUCGAUUACUAUCAAACCCACCAGCUGAGCCACGAGUCUACAAGCACAAUAACAUGGGUCACCUCGUUAAUGACGUUCAUGAUGUUCUUCGGGGGUCCCUUCAUAGGAAUAUUGUUCGAUAACUUCGGUCCCCGGUACAUCAUCCUGGCAGGAACCCUCCUCCAUGUCUUUGGCAUCAUGAUGACCUCCAUCUCAACGGAGUACUACCAGUUCCUCCUGGCCCAGGGCAUCUGUAGCCCCAUCGGCACCAGCGCCCUCUUCCACGCCGGCAUCAACUCCAUCAGCACCUGGUUCCGCCAUCGUCGCGCCCUCGCCCUCGGUAUCGCAACCAGCGGCGCCAGUCUCGGGGGAGUCAUCCUCCCGAUCAUGCUGACCCGGCUCUUUCACCAGCUGGGCUUCGGCUGGGCCAUGCGCAUCUGCGCAUUCUUGAUCCUUUUCCUCCUGAUCAUCACCAACCUCACGACCAAGUCCCGACUCGUCCAUCGCAGGAAGCGCUUCCACCUCAUGGACUUCAUCCGUCCGCUCGGCGAGCUCCCCUUCGUCCUCACCACCGCCGGCACCUUCUGCUUCUUCUGGGGAAUGUUCCUUCCCUUCUCCUUCAUUCCCUCUCAAGCCGAAAGAUACGGCAUGUCUGCAACGCUCGCAUCAUACAUGAUUCCCGUCCUCAACGCCGCCAGGUUCCACCCCGGCCGCAUCAUCCCCCCAUACCUCGCCGACCUCUUCGGCCGCUUCAACCUCAUGAUCCUGACGACCCUGUUCUCCGGCAUAAUCGUGCUGGCCAUCUGGCUCCCCACGCGCGGCAACGCCCCCGCCAUCGUCUUCAGUGCCCUCUACGGCUUCAGCUCCGGCACCGUCGUCUCCCUCGCCCCCGCCCUCGUCGCCCAGAUCUCCGAGAUCCGCGAGAUCGGCGUCCGCAGCGGCACCUAUUUCUUUAUCGUCUCGUUCGCCGCCCUCACCGGUACCCCGAUCGCGGGCGCCUUGCUCCCCGAUCCCCUCCAUGGGUCCUAUACGAAGCUGUAUAUCUUUUGUGCCGUGGUUAUGUUUGCCGGCGCGGGGUUUUAUCUUCUGGCUAAGAUCGAUAGAUAG